AUGGCGAAGCACCACCCAGACCUUGUCAUGUGCCGCAAGCAGCCGGGCGUGGCAAUUGGCCGUCUCUGCGAGAAGGACGACGGCAAGUGUGUAAUAUGCGACUCGUAUGUGCGCCCGUGCACGCUGGUUCGCAUCUGCGACGAGUGCAACUACGGCUCGUACCAAGGCCGCUGCGUCAUUUGCGGCGGGCCUGGUAUUUCGGACGCUUAUUACUGCCGCGAGUGUACACAGCUGGAGAAGGACCGCGAUGGCUGCCCCAAGAUCGUCAACCUGGGUAGCUCGAAGACGGAUCUUUUCUAUGAACGGAAGAAGUACGGGUUUAAAAAACGCUGA